AUGGCGACCAAGACGACGACGGCGACCAGGCCCUCGCUGGCGACGCUAUCGGCACACGUCACUGGCUUCGACUUCACGACAUUCCACGCGUACACGACGGUGGUGACGCUGGAGGGCUCCACGUGGACGCUGGCUAUCCGCUACAGCAAGUUCCUGGCCUUCUACGAGGCGCUCAGGGCCACGGAUCGCAGCUUCAAGUUCGACUUUCCGCCCAAGGGCGGAUUCUUUUUCACACCCAAGCCUGAGGAGCGCCAGGUGCGGCUGGAUGCGUUUCUGCAGGCCGUGACCAAGUUCUACUUGGCCAAGAAGCAGCCGCAGAGCUUUGCCAAGGUGCUGCGCGAGUAUCUGCAGGUGGAUAAGAGCUUUGCCAAGGCGAAGAAGAUUUCGGCCAAGAAGGAGGACAAGCUGCAGCAGCCUGUGGUAGAGCCACAGCCCAAGAACGAGACAAAGGUGGAGAAGGCUGCACAGCCCAAGAACGAGACAAAGGUGGAGAAGGCUGCACUGUCGGACAAGGCCCAGGAGGGCAAGAAGGCUUUGGUCAACGCUGCCUUUGGGGCUGCUGUGGUGUCGGCCAUCAAGGAUAACGCCAUGGACGCCAAGAGAGACGAGCAGAAGAAGGUUGAGAAGGAAGAGCCGAAGGUUGAAGUUGAGGUCGACGCGGCGAAAGAGGUGGUGGUGGAAGGAAGCAAGGCUAAAGGAGUAAAGAUUGAGGAGGAAGCCAAGAUUGCAGAGAUCCAGAUUGAGGAGACAAAUACUGAAGUAGAGAAAGUUAAGUCGAAGAAGGAGGAGAGCAAAGUUGAGGAGCCCAAGGUUGAGGUGCCCACGGCCACUGACGUCAAGUCGAACACUUCGACAACUACAACUACGACAACUACCACGACUACCACGACGUCCACAUCGGGAGGAUCCACCGUUGUGGAGACCAACGUGACGAGCCAGCCGACGGUCAACAAGACGGUGGUAGGCAAGACAGUGACGAUCACGAGCAAGUCGGACGACUCACACUCGUUCAAGGUGGAAAUGACGGAGAAGAAGGCGUCGGUAGUGACGCCCACGCCUGCGGCCACGCAGAUGGAGGAGACUUACGAGCUGAAGCCCAAGAAGAAGAAACGCAGCAAAAGCAGGAAAUCCAUCUCCAAGGCACCGACGUCCACCUCGUCGACGGCGAGCGAUGGCUUCGAGUCGCCCGAUGGUGUGGACGAGGUCUCUCGUGUCUCGCUCUCAGAGGCACAGAAGAAGACGCGUAACCAGCGCCGCAAGGAGAAGCGGAAGAAAAACCAGAAGAAAGUCAAUGCCAGCGACUUGGAGGCGUAAGCGGCGGAGCAUUACCGAAACGAAUGUGUCGUGGCUGCAGAUCGUAGCGGCCAAGUAGUUAGGUCAGAAAUCUAUCGACAACGGAGAGUGGACAGCAGCUCGCCGCCACAGGCGCGAGCAUUGAAGGCGUGGGGCGCUUGCUGCUCUUCCGAUAGAUCUAACGUUAGGUGGAUUUUAUAAGUUGAUGGCAAUCAAUUGUGCAACGAAGAAACACCCAACGA